AUGGGUCCUCUAGUUCAGGGACCAUCGUCUCCAACGAAGGACAUCAGGGGCGACGCGAACGACCCUGAGACGGGCGAAGCUCCUACAGCCGUAUCUUCGCCAACCGUCGAUCACCAACGACGCUUAUCGUCCCAGGACUCAUUCAAACCCUCUGGAGAGAACACGCGUGGAGGUGUGGACGGAUCUGUUAAGGAUUUAGAUUGGGCCCCCCAUGAUGCUCUGAUACAGCCCAACGGACAAGCUCAAGCAUUAAAUCAACCUAAUACUGGCCACCGACUUGAUACCAAUUUACCUGCACAAGGCUUCAGCGACGCUCAGCCGGGUUUCGACAACUCGAUACCACGUUCGGCGCCAUUUAGUCUCGAUGGAACAUGUCAUGAAGAAUAUAUGCCCCAGUCCAUUGGCGAUGCACACGAUGGAACUCUCAAUGGAACCAGUGCAGACUACUACAGUCCAGCCGUGCCUUCCGAGGCCUUUGGCAUGUUCACAACUGAGGAACCUCGCCCUCAACCCCAACGCUCGUGGUCGCGUGGAAGUUCAUUGAAACAUAAUCUGAAGCAGAUGUUCAGUCGAAAGAGCACGCGUGACCAAUCCUUCAGUUCACCGACGUCGUUGUCCCUUGCUGAAAGUCCUGAAAACACAAGACCUGCUCCUCACACUACGCAGGACGUGCCUCUUCAGCGGAUCACCACAGCUGGAGACCCGACUGAAUCUCCCACCGACAUCAUUGCGCCCGCUAUCGACUCAUUACCAGUACCUCAUCCUGCGCAGGCCCUGGGUUCGCCUAUUGUCUUACCAUCCACCCUUCCCAAAGACGCCGUGUCAAGUUCUCCAGAUUAUUCACCAACCACGUUCAACUUCAACGCAUCUCAGUCCCCUCCUAGCCACCCCGCUCCCGGUACUGUGAACCCAAUGGAUAUGAUGCCUGCUUCAACGGAAAGCGAAUUAUGGCACAGAACAAACUAUCAACUAUACGUAGCGCAAUCCUCGCCACAGCAACUACACCCAUCAAUGGAUCCUGGGAGAAACGAGGGACCUGUCGAUUCACCCUCGCCAUUAACACUCGGUCCUAAUACUCCCCAGCCUCAGCCUCAACUUCUGCCCGUUAUCCAGUCACCUACGCCCACACAGAGCGAAACUACAUUUAAGAAGGAAGAGCCCGACGAGAGCCAGGAUAUCUCCAUGUCUGAUAUUCCAUCGAAUGACCACUUGAGUCCCUUGCCUGGUAGCAACGUCAGACACCAGAGCUACCCCUCAGAUGCAUCAACUCCCCAGCCGGGACCUGCAUCCACUAACCCUUCAUCACUAAACACUCCUGCAACUCAGCUUGAUACACCUUCUCCUCAUUCUGGUGCAUCCUCCGACCAUCGUCCGAGCGUAUCGCCGGGUAACGGUGCCAGCAAUAUGUCGCCCAAGAAUGGCGUGUACGCGUGUGACGAACCUGGCUGUCACCAGGUCUUUGACCAGGCACACAAGCUCAAACACCAUCAACGCUACCAUACAAAGGACCACAAAUGUCCUUACCCAAACUGUGGCAAAGGUUUUGGAACCAAAACUCAUCUCCAGCGUCAUGUCAAUGAUCGACAUGAGAGGAAGAAGAAGUUCCACUGCGCAGUCCCAGGCUGCGACUAUUCACGACAGGGUGGGAAGGGAUUCCCCCGCAAGGAUAAUUGGAAGCGACAUAUGACGAAAAUUCACAACAUGGACCAAAGAUAUCUUCCAGACCCCGUGGAAGUUGAUCAAGACAUGGGAGGCAUAUAA